CUAAUUAAACUCACCGGUGAAGAAGGGAAAAUUUUCGGGCAUCGCGGUCUGGAUCCGCUGACUCCUGUCUUGAGCGGACCCGACCGCUCAAUCUCACCACUCACCACUCACCGCUCACCACCCAUCACUCAUCGAGACUUGUCGAGCUUCACACCGAAGAUAACAAUGGACAUCCGAUCCGAGCAACCACAGCAGCAACAGAGCGACGCGCUCUCCGAGGGGCGGCGCAUCUACCUGGGCAACCUGCUGUACUCGGUCAAGCCGGCCGACAUCGAGGACGCGCUGCGGCAGAGCGGAUUCGGCGAGACGUUUGAGAAGCUGCACAUCUCGAUCGACCCCGUGAGCGGCAGGAACCCGGGCUACUGCUUCGUCGAGUUCACCACGCGCGAGGCCGCCGAUCGGGCGCUGGACUCGCUGCCAGGCACGCUGCUCUUCAACCGCCCCGUCAAGGUCGGGCCGUGCCACCCGAAGUCCUCGUCCUCGUCGUCGUCUUCCCAGUCUCGCUGGGGCCCGGGCGGCGCCAACCGCGGCGGCGACUAUACCCCGACCUUCCAGCGAUGGGGCGACUGGAAGGGCGCCGGCGAGGACGGCCAGAACGCACAGUCUCGGCAGCGCGAGUCCGGGGAGGGCCCUUACGCGGCUAUGCGCCAUCUUGAGGAGAGGAGCCGUCGCGGGGCCGACCGCACACAGCUCUACAUCGGCGGCCUGGGGAAGAUGAUCAACCAGAAGCAGCACGACGCUGAGAUGCAAGAGAUCCUCGCCGGGUUUGACUAGUAUGUUUCUUCACGUUUCCUGUCAACGACCAAGUGGUCGAACGGUCAAAGCGGUUGAGCCUUACACCCCCGCGCCCUUUUUAGUGUCGCCAUCAGCAAGCGCAUCACGCCGCGUGAGACGACACGGGCACUGCCUGGCAACCACCACUACUGCUUCGUCGACUUCAGCUCGGCGGCCGAGGCCGAGCGCGCCCUGGCCGCGCUGCACGGGCGGCCCUACGAGGGCGGCGGCUCGCUGCGCGUCUCGUUCCCGCGCAGCAAGGGCCCCGCGUUCGAGCAGACGGGGACGAACCACAGCUGGCGGAGCAGCCCGGCGCCGGCCGACGGUGAGCGCGAGCGCGAACGCGAACGCGAACGCGCGGAUGGUCAGCCCGCGGCGGCGGGCAGGCGGCAGGAGCGCCAGGACGGGCCGGACGCCCGGCAGGAGCGGCGAGAGCGCAGCGAGAGGCAGAGGGCCAUCAUGGCGUCGAGCAACUGGCGGUCGGGAUCCGCGACGAACUAAGUUCAGUCGACCGGUGCACUGGAAAGGCGGCGAACCCCAAUGGCCACGUGGGGUCCCUGGGCGCAGCUUGGACCACAACCAGCCGAAACCUCACAUCCUCGGCCUGGGUAUGUUGCGGGCCAUUGUUAGCUGGAAUGCACAUUCUUCCGUCUCCAAGCAAAGGCAGGCAUCACCCACGUAAUUGCGGAGGGCAUGUUGAUGACGGCAUGCUGU